CUAAACCCCUUAUGUUCGCUAUCCACUGCCGCAGUGGAGUCCAAUCCCGUCUUCUAAAACCCGGCGAUGGCGGUGGCGUCCCCGUCGGCUCUCCCCAUUGCUCCCCUCUGCCCUCCUCUGCCGGCGCGCUCGUUUAUCCCCUCCCGAGCGCCCCUCCUCUCCGUCCGUUCCUCCGUCAAUGCCGUUCCGGCAAGAAAACCCCUCGUUGUCUCGGCCAAAGCCGUUUCUCUCCAUGCUGAGGAGGAGGUCGACACCGUCAACAUCGCAGAGGACGUCACCCAGUUAAUUGGUAAGACGCCUAUGAUAUAUCUCAACAAAGUAGUAGAAGGUUGUGUCGCUAAUAUUGCUGCAAAACUUGAGUCAGUUGAACCUUGUCGAAGUGUUAAAGAUAGGAUUGGAUAUAGCAUGAUAACUGAUGCUGAAGAAAAAGGGUUUAUUUCUCCCAGGAAGAGCACUUUAGUAGAACCAACUAGUGGAAAUACUGGAGUGGGUAUCGCAUUUGUUGCUGCAGCUAGAGGAUACAAGCUUAUUGUAACUAUGCCUGCAUCUAUAAAUUUGGAGAGACGUAUUCUCCUUCGUGCUCUUGGAGCAGAAAUUGUUUUAACAGAUCCUGCAAAAGGAAUAAAGGGAGCAGUUGACAAGGCUGAAGAAAUUGUUCACCGGACACCAAAUGCAUACAUGUUUCAGCAGUUUGACAACCCAGCUAAUACAAAGAUCCACUUUGAAACCACAGGCCCAGAAAUAUGGGAGGAUACGGUGGGUAGCGUUGAUAUAUUCGUUUCAAGCAUAGGAACAGGUGGUACUAUCACAGGUGCAGGACGUUAUUUGAAAAUGAUGAAUAAAGACAUUAAGAUAAUUGGAGUUGAACCUGCUGAAACUAGCGUCAUUUCUGGAGAAAACCCAGGUUUUGUGCCAAGCAUUUUGGAUGUAAAAUUGCUUGAUGAGGUCCUAAAGAUUACUACUGCUGAAGCUGUCGAAGUUGCAAGGACUUUAGCAUUAAAGGAAGGCUUGUUGGUCGGUAUAUCUUCAGGAGCAGCUGCGGCUGCUGCCAUCCAUGUGGCAAAAAGGCCUGAAAACACUGGAAAGCUGAUUGUGGUCAUUUUCCCAAGCUUUGGUGAAAGAUACAUAUCCACAGUACUUUUCCACUCUAUACACGAGGAAGUCAUGCAUUACUGCAUGGGCACUUGAAGAAAUGCUGUCAGAAUGCUCUUAUAAUUUCCAGAAGCCAUUGCCCACCGAGGCAUCUUCAUGCUUUUAAACCCCUGAUUCUGCUGGAGCAAGUCCCCCUGGAGCAUAAGAUCACAGCCGAACAAAUUUUUUAUGGAAGCUGGAUUUUCCUAAUUGCAAUGGAAAGUGUAAUUUUUUUUCUUGUAUAUGGGCAAGAGAUGUGAAGAGGUUCUAUGAAGUCUUGAGCAAAACUUGCGGUCAAAAAAUGUUUCAAAUAAGACAUUAGUUUUUUUAAAAAAAAAUUGCACAGCCUUUUUUUUUUUU